AUGUCCUGUGACCUCACACUCGGGUCUCUCUUAUUUUCCCUUCCCGUACGUCCCUGGACACGCGAGAAACAGGCACAGCAGACAGCCACCAAGGGCUUGGGUCUCCUGUCGCUUCUGAGGUCUUGGGAUGCCUCCAGUGCGUCCAUUCCGAGUGGCAUGCAGCCACCCGUUUCUAGAGACACCUGCAUCGCGGAUCUUCGAGAUGCCCAGUCUGGACUCGGGCACACUCCGAAUGUCAACGUUACCCUACAGAUGCAGAUACCAGACCUGUCGACUGUCACCAUAUUCAUUAGUGAUUCGACAACCGACACCUCGACAGCUCAUCCCCCCGCUCUUGCGCUAUCGCGGUUAAGCUAA